AUGAUGGAUACAGAAGACACUCAAAAUGUAACUGAACUAGCUCUAGCUUUAGCCAAGAAUGCCAUCGCUGCUGCUAUCAAGUCCAUGGAAGAAGCCGAAAACCCCAUCAAAAAUAUCGACUGGAUCACACAGGGUGAAUUCACAGAAGAAAGGGGCCGUAAACAAAUUGAGGAUUUCAUUUCGAACUGGGAGUAUCAAGGCCGCUGGGUGCACUACACAGAGUUUUUAAAGAGGGAAGAUGCGAUUCACAGCUUCCAGUACAUCUACUGUGUACACUGGAGCGUCCCAACUGCUCGGAGACCCAUAGCACGAACCACUGCCAGCGUCUACUUCACCAUCAAGAUCGACAGAAACAAACCUCCGGAUACACCCAUUGAUGUCUCUUACGUCUUUGAGAGCCAUUCAUUGGUUCACAGCUUUGUGGGAUGCCUGAGGAACUUUCAGUUGGAUUUGAAACCCCUGGACACCGCUUCUGCAAGCUUUGGGGUGUCUCCCUGCUUGGAUGGCUCUUUGGAGAAAGGCAUCUAUUUUUCUCAAGAAGGAGGUCAUGUCAUCCUAGCUAACUCCGUGCUUUUGGGGCCAGAAUUUAAGCUUGUUUUCAGCAUUCGCCCGAGAAGUCUCACUGGAAUUCUAUUUCACAUCGGAAGUCAACCCAGGGAGCUCUUAUGUGUUUAUAUGGAGGCAGGAAAGGUCACGGCCUCUGUGGGCAGUGAGGCAGGUGGGAUCCUGACAUCGGUCACACCAAAGCAAUCUCUGUGUGAUGGACAGUGGCACUCAGUGACAGUCACCAUAAAACAGCACAUCCUGCACCUGAAACUGGACGCAGACUAUAGUUCCACCGCUGGACGGCACCCCCCGUCCCCACUGCCUGCACGCAGGAGCAUCUGCACAUUAGAGGUGUCCCAGCUAAUUUGA